AUGACGAUGCUGGGGGAGACAGGAACGAAUCCCAUCCGCAGGUUCAUCUCAUUCAAAGACCAAGAGGCUUGCAAGAUCUUGAAUGAGAUCUUAUUCGAAGUAGGGAAGCGAGACCUUAUGAUCCAGGGCAGUCUAGAGGCUGAGGACCGUGGAGAAUUGGGACUUAAACUGACGCAGAUGGAAUUCGACCAAGCCGCUGCGAUGGAGUUUCGCCGACGGAAGAUAACCGAAGCCCUCAAACAGAAGCGCCUCCAGGGCCUUGACUCCCAAGUGAAAACGUACGAUUUCUUCUAUGGGCAGACUACUAUCAAAGUUGCACUGUCUGAUGCGAAGAUGGCCGCAGCCUCGGGCAAGCGUGCUUCUCAGCUCACUCAAGCCGCAGCCAUGGGAGGCUUCUCAGCAAGCGAUAUAGCGUCAGGACUCGGAUGGGAACAGAAACGCCUGUCAUCUGGUUUCUUCUCUAGCGAGUGGUUGCUCCUGGCGGCGUUCUCUUGGGGGGGAUUCAUGUCACCAGGCGAAAAGUCUGGGUUCUCGACAAGCCAAAACCUAGAGAAUUUGGUUUUCGGUACAUGCGAGACGAACUCUCUCAUGAAAAGAUAUGAGAUGGCGUGGCAAGACUUUUACCGCAAAGAACAAAAGCUACAUAAUAAGCUGGCCGCUGCGCGAAAUGAGAAAGCGAUAUCCGUACACGGCCUUUUGGAAAUUCGCUGCAACGACUUCUCGAGCGAGGACCCCUCCUCAAGAUUCAUACGAUGCGAUGUCUAUACUCAUGACAACAAGUACAAGCUCAAAGACUUCACUAUUGAUAAGUCCCUGGUCGAAGAAGUCUUGAGGAAGGCCGAGGAGAACAUCAAGAAUGAUCCACCCCAAACGAUGAGCGAUUUGUACAAUUCGAUGCGCGACAACACACCAACACAUUGUCAAGAUUCCCGAACGCCCGACAAAUUCACUUCUGAAGCUGAAAUGCUGCUACUUGCACAUGACUUUCCAUGCGUCGUUUACUCUAUCCAGUACAAGAUCGUAAAUGAGUUCAAGUCCAUUCUCCUAAACGACAUGGCAUGCGCUCAUUUCUCAUUCUUCCCCUUUCAAAGGUCUCUCUACCACCAGGCCGAGGCAGUUCUCGACGCUCUGGUCUGGAAAGAGAUCAAAGACAAGGCAGACACCUGGCCUGAGGGGAGAGAUGACGACAUCGAAUUCGAACCUCGUUCGAAGAGACGACAGGAUCCCAACGAUGCCGGCCGUCGGUCUACCCUUUUCGAUCAGGACAGAGAUGAAGAAAUGGGUCAACGGCGGGAGAAACCGAAGCAGAAGAGGAAUAACGUGUUCAAUAUCAUCAAGUACGGCGGUUUCAUCAAGCCGCACCGUAAGACUGUGAAGAAGGCAGUGAAAGGUGGGAAUCAGGACCAGUGA